GAGGGGCGAGAGCCGAAUUUUGACCUCGCGACGCGCGCCGAAAGCACGCGGACGCCGCAGCGAAGUCGCGCGCUCAUACUACGAGAGGAGGGUCCGGGUAGAGCAAAGGGUUGGGAGAGAUGGUUCAGGUCUACGUGGAGCCCAUCUCCAGGCGGCACUACGCCCCGUAUUUCUCCGUCGCCUUCCUGUACAGGCCGUUCUGCAUAAUCGCAUCGCUGAUCAUCGCUUUCAGCAUCGCGCUAACCUCCGGGGGUCUUUGGGUCAAGACGCACACGUACGUCACCCAGCCCUCGGUCAGGUUCAAGUACGACAUGCUGCUCGUGUUUGAGACGAGCAAAGGGCCAGGCACCGAGCGGGUGUGGAGCACCUUCGACAGCGUCAACUACCUGAUGGGUAACAAGCUCGCGCCCGUGGAUAUCUCCGCGUCCGAGCAGGACGUCAACUCCGACGGCAAGGUGGACCUGAUCGACAUCAAGGCUGUCGUCAGGGGCGUGGGCGACGUCCACGGCGUCAAGGCGCUGAUGGCUUUCGACUACUCGCUGGGCGGCCGCGUCGACCUGGUGAUGAACAGCAUGGCGUACGCCUCGCACUCGUCGCCGCUGGCGGGCAGCGGGCUGUACGUCGACGGAUAUCUCCGCCUCGAUCAGCGAGACGCCAUCCCCGCCGGUUUCACCCGCCACGACUACAACUACAGCGUCUUCCCGUUUGCGGAGCACGGCGAGGCUAAGGGCGACACGCGCGAUGCAUCGACGCUGCGUCUGCCUGUGGUGCUCAAUCAAUACAAUUUCCGCAACGAGUCGACGUACCUCGACGCGAAGACCCCGGUGUGGGAAUCUGGAAACUCCCCGGACUUCACGUUCCAAGCGCGCGUGAGGAUCCCCACCAGCCAACAGGUGCUGUACAGGCCCACCACGCUGGAGAUUUGGAAAUUCGCGUGGGUGCAAAUCCUCGCCAUCUACAUAAUCUUCUGGUGGAUCUUCACAAAGUUCGAGUACGUGGUGUUCCACCACCGCAUCGUCGACACCCGAGUCGUGUCCGACCUGCAGGCAAAGUCCCACAGGUUCUAAGGCUGAGAGCGCGGGGGGAGGGAGGAACCGAACGACAAAAUCAUUAGUCCUGAUCUGUUAAUAUCUACCAGGCGUGUAUUCGU